ACUCACCCACCUAGCUCCUCUCCUCCCAAUCCAGCCAGCGCACAGCCGACGAAGCAGAGCAAACCCGGUCACCCGUAGCACUCACUCACCCGCCGACCGACCGUCAGCUCGUCCACCAUGGCGCCCAAGAGCAGCUCCUCCUCGUCCCUGGCGCAGGCGCCCGCGGGCGGCAGCAAGGGCUGCUGGGGCGCGGAGCCGAAGCUCCGGGGCGUGCGGAAGCGGCCGUGGGGCCGGUACGCGGCGGAGAUCCGCGACCCGCUCAGGAAGACGCGCGUCUGGCUCGGCACCUACGACACCGCCCACCAGGCCGCGCGCGCCUACGACGCCGCCGCGCGCAGGCUCCGCGGCCCCGCCGCCAAGACCAACUUCCCGCCCGCCUCACCCUCCGCCUCCGCCGCCGCGCUCCUCCACCUCCACCACAAGACUACCGCGCCGGCCCCGACCAGCGCGGGCAGCAGCACCGUGGAGUCCGCCUCGUCCUCGUCGUCCCGGGAGGACUCCUUCCUCGCGGCCGCGCCGGCGGAAGCGCUGCUGGAGCUGAGGCUGGGCAUGGCGGUCCCGGCGGCGGUGGUGGCCGCGCAGCCGUACCUGUUCCUGGACCCGAGGACGGCGGCGGCCGUCACGGUCGCCGUGCCGGCGCCGGGCGGCUGGAGCGAGGAUCGGAGCGACAGCUCCGGGUCCUCGUCGUCCGUGCUGGACGCCGCCGAGGCGUCCCCCGCCGUCGGCGUCGGGUUCGACCUCAACCUGCCCCCGCCGGCAGAGAUGGUGAUGUAGAACCAGACGUCCUGCUUUCAGCCGGUCAAAAAUUCGUUCGUUCGUUCAUCCGUCCAUCGCCGGAUCAGUAGUACAGUACUAGCGGGUUAAUUAGGCGGGCUUAGCCGUGUACUGAAUGAAUCCUGUCCUAAGUGUAAAUAGGCAGCAGCAGCAUGAUCUGCCUCCUGUAGUUGUAAAUUCGCAAUGCAAGAGCAAGGAAUUACAAGGUUUACUACCAAAAAAAGUUACGACUU